CUGAUUUCCGGAGAUCGGAGUGAUUUGCCUGUUCUCGCGAGAAGCGGGAAAGGGCGCAGGGUUUGAAAGAUGGCGGACGACGUGGACCAGCAACAAACCACCAACACCGUAGAGGAGCCGCUGGAUCUCAUCAGACUCAGCCUGGACGAGCGAAUCUAUGUGAAAAUGAGGAAUGACCGAGAGCUUCGAGGCAGAUUACACGCUUAUGAUCAGCAUUUAAACAUGAUACUGGGAGACGUGGAAGAAACUGUGACCACUAUAGAAAUUGAUGAAGAGACAUACGAAGAGAUAUACAAGUCAACAAAACGGAAUAUCCCGAUGCUGUUUGUCCGGGGAGAUGGUGUUGUGCUAGUUGCCCCUCCACUAAGAGUUGGCUGAAACGGAAAAUUUGUCCUGUGUGGCAACAUUUGGCUGUUUAACUGAACCAGACAUUCAGAGGUCGAGGCUAUACACACACUGAUACAGAGAAAUAGCCAGGGGAUUUAUUCACCCAUGAAAUGAGUUGAUUUGCAAAAUCCUUAUAACAUUCUAAACUAAGUAGCAUUUUUGUUUUUCUCUUAGCUUUCCACUGUACAUGUUCAUCAAGGUGCUGAACUGUUUUUCAGGAGUUGGUUUGCUCUAUUCUUCUUGCAGACAACGUCUAGUGUUUUUUUCUUUAAAUUAAACUUGAUGUUUCCCUUUUGGUUAA